UAUUACAACUAGUUAGAACUAAAGUUUUAGAAACUAAAAUUUUAGAAACUAAUAGUUUAGUUACUAAAGAUUUAGAAAAUAAAAGUUUAAAAACAAACUUUCUAAGAAUUAAAGUUUUAGAAAUUGAAUAA